CGGACACCUUCGCCUUCGGUCGCUCGGCCCGGAUCGAUCGUCACAAUCGAUACCGGCUCUUGCUCGAGAGAUGCACGCUAUUUGUUGUCCUGGAAGAGCUCGUAGCGAAAAGCAGCUCUUGCUCCCACAUUUUCGUAUGAUCUCUUUUAUCUGUUUUAUAUGAUUGUCCUGUAGACUCUACACAACUGUGUACUUUGCAGUCAGUCCAGUUGCGAAAGCUCGUCGUUUCUUGAAGUUCAAACUAUUGCAGACGCUUUUAUUGAAGCCAGUCAGUCAGGGAUUCCAUCCUUGGCCAAUUUCCUUUGCCUUCAUGUUGAGGAAGUAACUCCUGAAGAUGUCUUGGCUGAUGCGCCGCAGCAACCCAAAGAAGGGAAAUCCAAGUGAGGAUGCUAAACACAUCUACCUCGACCAUACUUCUAGUCAGUUUAUGCCUGUAGACAGGGUGAAAGAACUAUCCGCGCUGCCGAGGCUUGUGGAUUUGAACGAAUGGCUUGCUACUAACACUAUCGGCUUCUUCAAUCACAUUAACCAGUGUUAUGGAGUGUUAUCAGAAUUCUGUGCGCAGUCUUGCCCGACUAUGUCAGCUGGUUCUACGCAAUACACUUGGCAAGAAGAGAAAGGCAAGAAGGUCAAGUUAUCAGCCCCAAAGCACAUUGAUUUAGUGAUGUCACUGAUUGAACACUUGCUCACUGACGAGCAGACGUUUCCCACUAAAUUCGGGAACAUCACUGGCAUUUCAGAGAACCAGAUCAAGGUUGACGGAUCCGACUUCCCAUCGACAUUUCAGACUCAAAUAAAGAAAAUAUUCAAGUACCUCUGCCAGGUUUUGGCACACAUUCUGCACGGCCACUACCAGGAGAUUGUGGAUGUCAAUUUGCGAGACCAUUUCAACACGCUUACGGCACACUUCUUUGUCUUUGCCACCACGUUUCAGCUGCUGGAGCAGAAAGACCUUCAGCCCGUCGAGGAUUUCAUUGCAGCUCUACAUGACCCAGAAGUACUGCGUGCAUGACAUUUGCCUCCUCGUCUCCAGCGCCACCUGGCACCAUUGUACAUACGUCCCUGAAUUGGUGUUUGCCUGCCUUUGUUUUUGUAUUCGCUACCGUCGUCGCUGUCCCUGUACAUAGCUAGCUCGAUGGUGGACUGGAAAUUCAUCCUGCUCUGCAGCUGCUUGCUUUUCCAGUCUACUAUCCACUGACUGCUAACCAUUCUUUUUGUCCGUCAUUGCCUGAUCUGCUGGUUGGCCCAGGCACUGUGGCUUUAUUCUGUAUUAUCAUACUGACCUCACUCUUCUUUCAUCGUUGAACUUUCUUGCAGAUAUUGUCCUAAUUUUUUUAUAAUAGAAGCACUGACAUGUGCAUACGUAUGCUGUGUUGUUGCUUUCAUCAGCAUGCUGAGACCCCAUCAUCUGAAUUAUAACAAACACAUGACUUCA